AUGCGGCCGCCCGUCUUUGUCAUGCGGACUGUGUGGUGGUCGCGUGGCAGCUGCCGAGCUCUCGUGACCUUCGGAAGUUCAAAGACUCCAGCGAUCGAGACGUCGGGCGCCAUCUGGCUCACCGACGGGCACGACUCCUCUGAGGUCUUUGCUCAAGUCCCCACCACAUUCCCCAACUCAGCCCCCAACAUCCCCAAGGUCCCUAUCACCCCAGUCCCCAACGUCCUUAGUCCCCACCUCAUUCCCCAACUCAGCCCCCAACAUCCCCAAGGUCCCUAUCACCCCAGUCCCCAGUCCCCAACGUCCUUAGUCCCCACCUCAUUCCCCAACUCAGCCCCCAACAUCCCCAAGUCCCCAUCUCAUUCCCCAACGCAGCCCCCAAUAUCCCCAAGGUCCCUGUCACCCCAGUCUCCACAAUCUCCAACGUCCUUGGUUCCCACCUCAUUCCCCAACUCAGCCCCCAAUAUCCCCAAGGUCCCUAUCACCCCAGUCCCCAGUCCCCAACGUCCUUAG